ACCAGGCAUUCAGGCCUCUACGCCAUUGUCCUCGCCCCGACCCGCGAAUUGUGCCGGCAAAUAUCAACAGUCCUAUCCACGCUAAUCGAGUGUAAGAACGGCCCCCACUGGAUCAUCCCGGGCGCUGUCAGCGGCGGCGAGAAGAAGAGACAGAAGGCACGGUUGAGGAAGGGGAUUAAUAUACUUGUUGUUACACCCGGGAGGCUAUUGGAUCACCUGGAGAAUACGGAAAGCUCAGACGUUAGUCGAGUGAGGUGGGUUGUGCUUGAUGAAGGUGACAGGCUUAUGGAGUUGGGGUUUGAGGAGACAAUUGGGAGUAUACUGGGCAUUCUGGAAAAGAAGAGCAAGUUGCCCAAGAACGGGGAGGAAGCAGCGGGGCGGAAGAGGGAAGCGGGAUUACCGAGGAGGAGGGUGUCGAUGCUUUGUUCGGCGACCAUGAAGGCCAACGUACAGCGACUCGGCGAUAUCUCUUUGAAGCAGGCGUUAUACAUCAAGGCGGAGAAGGGAUAUAACGAUGCGAGUGGGGGCAGUAAGAGUGGAGAAGAGGGGUUUCAGGCUCCGGCGCAGUUGAAACAGAGUUACGUCGUGGUUCCGGCAAAGUUGAGGUUAGUGGGAUUCAAUGCGAUACUUAAGAGGGCUCUUGUACGACAGACUGCCAACCCGAAGAUUACUGUUUGUUUCUCCUGCUCGGAUUCGGUGGACUUUCACUUUCAAGUAUUUUCUCAUUUGUUGAGAGAUGGUUCAGAUAUUAAGCCGCCAAAACCCAUCCCGAAAUCCCCGAAACCAUCAAAGAGCUCCGAAAAAGACUCCGCAAACCCCCACGUCCCAGAAACCAAGCCAGAUCCCUCCGAAAAGCCAGUUAAAUAGCCACCACCUAACAAUCCCGCUAUCGCCAAAGCCCCACACCUCCACCCCACCGCCCUCCUCCACAAACUCCACGGCUCCCUCCCACAGCCAAUCCGAACCUCCACCCGCCACUCCUUUGCGCAUACAACCUCUCCCUCUCUCUCCGCUUCUGCACCGACAUUGCUGCCCGUGGGCUGGACCUCCCGAACGUCGACCUAGUAAUCCAAUUCGACCCUCCUCUCUCCCGCGACGACCACCUCCACCGUAUCGGGCGUACGGCGCGC